AUGGCUAGCUGGAUGCUUUCUUGCGUGCUCAGUGAGAGGCGUAGUUCAAGCUUAAAGGAAAGAAGUGACUACUGGAUAGAGAACAAUGUGACUGAGGUCAACGAGUUCCUUCUCAUAGGAUUUCAAGGCAGCAAGAAUAUGAGAAUUUCUCUGCUCUGUCUUCUUCUUGUGGUUUAUUGUCUGACAUUAUGUGGGAAUCUCCUGAUCAUCACCCUGGUGUCCACCAGCAAGAACAUUCACACCCCAAUGUACUUCUUCAUCUCACAUCUGUCCAUCAGUGACAUAUUGUUGACGUCAGAUAUUGUCCCCAACAUGUUCCAUAUCUUAUUGAAUAAUGGCGGAACCAUAACUUUUAUUGGUUGUAUGACUCAGUUUUGUUUCUUCGGUACUGCAGAAACAUUUGAAUGUCUUCUCCUAACAGUGAUGUCUUAUGACAGAUAUGUGGCCAUUUGUAAUCCCCUUCAUUAUAUUUCUAUUAUGACAAGCACAUUUUGUGUGAUAUUAGUCAUUGUGUGUUGGUUGAUCAGCUUUUUUAAUGGAUUCAUUUACAUUUUUACACUGUCCAGGCUGAAGUUCUGCGGAGCGAAUAUCAUUGACCAUUUGUUCUGUGAUCUUGUUCCCUUAAUAGAAAUGUCCUGUUCUGAUACAUUUCUUAUGAAAGUACAAAUGUAUUUACUAAGUAUUCCAGUACUGAUCAUUCCCAGCAUAAUAAUUGUUAUUUCCUAUGUGAACAUUGUCCUCGUCAUCUUACGGAUCCCAUCUAAUAUCAGUAGACAGAAAGCUUUCUCCACCUGUAGCUCCCACCUCAUUGUGGUCACCAUAUUUUACUGCACUCUGUUUAGUGUUUAUGUUCUUCCGACUAGAGGACAAACAUCAAAUCUUAAUAAAGUCAUAUCCCUGCUAUAUACUGUAUUUACUCCACUGGUUAACCCCAUUAUAUACAGCUUUAGAAACAAAGAUAUUAAGAAAUCAGCGCAAAAUGCUAUUCAAAAAUAUCUCUGA